AUGGAGUCAGAGCAAGAGCCUAGGAUGGUUUCGAGCGAAAAUGAGCCUCUUCUGGAGUCGGCUUCUCCUGUUUGGAGUCCACCGCGGGGCUUUUUCUGGAUACAACUGGCUAUAAUGUCCAAUGUAUUCCUGUCUGGGUUUGAUGGAACAAUCACCGCUUCGACAUACGCAGUCAUCAGUUCCGAGUUCAACGCUGCAAACACGGCGUCGUGGUUAACCACCUCCUACCUUAUUACGAGCACUGCUUUUCAACCUCUUUAUGGUCGCUUCUCAGAUUUACUGGGCCGCCGGGCUUGUUUCUUUACUGCGACAAUCACUUUCUUCACUGGUUGCUUGGGUUGUGCCCUGGCGCGAGAUGUAAUCUUUUUGAACAUCAUGCGUGCGUUGACCGGUAUGGGCGGUGGUGGGUUGAUGACAAUGGCCACCAUUAUCAACUCGGAUCUUAUUCCUUUCCGCAAUCGCGGGAUGUAUCAGGCUGUUCAAAAUGCUGCGUAUGGCUUUGGUGCCAUCUGCGGUGCUUCCUUUGGAGGUGCUAUUGUCGACACAAUCGGCUGGCGCUGGUGCUUUCUAGUCCAGGUUCCUGUUUCCCUCACCGUGCUCGUCUUGGGAUACUUUGUUCUCAAAUUCCCUGCCAAAAGCAAGAUCCUCGUACCCGGUCAACGUGGCCUCUGGCAUCAGAUUGAUUUUCUUGGAUCUUUACUGCUUAUCCUGGCUCUCUCAAGUCAACUUGCUGGACUAAGCUUUGGUGGAAAUGAGCUUCCUUGGACAAGUAUCUGGGUGAUUCUCCCUCUGGUAGCUAGUGUUGCUUUCCUAGCUGCAUUUAUUGCUGUGGAGGCGAAGACCACAGCUGUUCCGCUUAUCCCGCUGAAGAUGCUCCGUGGACUCCAUCCAGUCUCUACUCAGAUUGCUAAUGUCUGCGUGGGAAUGUCUGCAUAUGCCUUCCUCUUUACGCUACCGCUCCUCUUCCAGGUUAUUCUGCUGGAUAGUCCUACCAAAGCCGGUGCCCGCCUGGUCAUUCCAUCUCUAAUGACUCCUGUUGGUGGAGUCAUUGCAGGUGUAGUCAUGUCACGCUGGGGCAAGCUAGCACAUCUUGUGCGCGUUGGAGCCGCGUUAAUGUUCAUCGGAAAUCUCCUAGUGACAUUCCUCAACUUCAACGACUCAAACUGGAAGUACUUUGCAUACAUCAUCCCCGCCAACUUAGGACAAGGCAUUGUGUACCCAGGAAUUCUAUUCACCUUCCUCUCUGCGUUCGACCACGAUGACCACGCCGUCUCAGCCUCAACAGUCUACCUAAUUCGCUCCCUCGGAACAGUUUGGGGCGUCGCCAUAACGUCCGCAAUAAUCCAAAACACACUGAGCUCAGGCCUCACGGAGGCCUUGAGUGGAGUACCAGACAAAUGGAAAUUAAUUGACGAAAUCCGCCAUUCAAUCUCCGCAAUCCACGAUCUACCACCCGACAUCCAAAUGGCCGUCCGACUGGUCUAUUACCGUGGAAUCCGACUCUCCUUCGCAGCAUCGGCCGCAUUCGGACUGAUUGCGACGGUUGCCGCUUUCUUUACCCGCGGAAAGGGCUUGGAACGGGGUAGAGGUGCUUAA